GGGAAGCGAGAGGAGGAGGGGAGCGAGGGCGCAGAAAAACGCUGAAGCUCUUGGAGACCGGAUCUCAAACCUGCUUUUCUGCAAAGAUACAAGCAGCAGCAGAAGCAGCCGCUAGCAAACCCCGCUGAUUUUUUUUUCCCUCCCCUUUAAAACAACAGCAACUCCCCCCCCCCCCUGCAAUCAGCAAAGCUGCCUUGGGAGAGAGAGAAAAAACACGCACUCACGUACAGCACACAAACUCCGAGGAAGCAAGCAAGCUAACCGACCACUUAGGGGAAAAAAAAGCUACCCCCCCCUUUCCCAUUUUUUAUUUUAUUUUGCAAACGGCUUUUCAACAGAUCGGAGUUGGGGAAGCGAGCAAUCCAAGAGAAGCUGCUCUUUGCUGGAAGAUCUGAGCGAGAUCGCAUCAAAGCCACCCCGGGAUUUUAUUUUUAAAGAACCACUUCAUGUCGUUCGCUGGGGCUCCCCCUCGCCCUCCUUCCAUGUACGAGGCAUUAAGAGAGAGUGGCUCGGGAAUGACGAAUCGGCCUUUUCAUUGAGAAAAAAGGGGGGGGGGAAGCUACAAGGAAACCAACGUGUGAUUGCGAAGGGGGACAAAAAUCCUCGCUGUUAUCUGGAAAAAAGGGCUUUUUAGAUACCCGUUGGUUUUGGUGCGGCGUGUGGCUCUCUGGGUUGCGAUUUGUUAUUUUUCCCCUCUGGAGAAGAGAGAAAGUAGAGGGACAACCCCCCUCCCAAGUUUGCGGUGGAUUUUUUUCCUCGGUCUAACGCAAAACAUUUCGAUGAUUCUUGCUUACAACCUGGACUCGAAGAUUUCAGAUGUGUUCUAAGCUUUCUGGAGUGAUAACUGUUCAGGAUACUGAUGGAGACAAGAGCUCAGAAUGGCAGUGGGUUACAACCCUUGCUUCAAGGCCAGCAUGACACUGGGAGACAGUUUGGAGAUUCUGACCUGAGGGAUGUCCUGGCGCAACAAGUUCAUGUCUUGUCCUUGGACCAGAUCAAGGCUAUUCGAAAUACAAAUGAAUACACAGAACCCCCUACCGUGGCUCCACGACCAGGACUGAAGCCAGCACCGCGUCCACUGCUCCAGCACAAGAGUGAAAGACCACAUGACUUGACAGAGCAGCGUCAUCUUAACAGGAUUCAACAUCCCCAGGUCCAUGUUCCUUCCCGGGUACCACUGUCCCGUUCCAUUAGCACGGUCAGCAGCACUAGCUCACGUGGCAGUGCAAGGACAAGUACAAGCAGUAAUUCAUCAGAGCAGAGACUUCUGGGGUCAUCUUUGGGGACAGUUGUUGAGGGGAUAAUACGAGUACAGCCGAAGUCAGAGUUGAAGUCUCGGGAGCUGAAACCCCCUAGCAAAGAAAGUUUGCAUAUGCAUGCCUACCGAUGUGAGGACUGUGGGAAGUGUAAGUGUAAGGAAUGCACUUAUCCACGAACCCUUCCAUCCUGUUGGAUCUGUGAUAAGCAGUGUCUCUGCUCAGCCCAGAACAUGGUAGAUUAUGGGACCUGUGUUUGCUGUGUGAAGGGGCUUUUCUACCACUGCUCCAAUGAUGAUGAGGACAACUGUGCUGAUAACCCAUGUUCGUGUAGCCAGGCCCACUGUUGCACUCGGUGGUCCACCAUGGGUGUUGUGUCCCUUGUUCUGCCUUGCUUGUGGUGUUACCUGCCAGCCAAGGGUUGCCUUAAAUUGUGCCAGGGGUGUUAUGACCAAGUAAAUAGGCCAGGUUGUCGCUGUAAACAGUCCAACACAGUUUGUUGCAAAGUUCCCAAAGUCCCACCCAGGAAUAUUGAAAAGCCAACAUAGCAUCACUAAUCAGGUAAUAAGGAUGAUUGUAGAACAUCAGAUGUGGCCAACUAAAUGAUCUAUAACUGUGGCACUGUUUCUUGAGGGGGGGGGUGAGAAAGGUCCAGCCUCAUGGAGAUGCUUGUUUAGAAUCCACCCAGUGGAGAUCAGAGUGGGAAUACGCUUUGCAGCACCUAAGUAUUGCAUAAGCUAAUGAGACUCAAGCUACUUCUAGGCAAACUCGCGUGUUGUGCGUUUGUGUAUUUUUAAAGGAAUUAGUACACUUGUAAAUUAGAAAACUACUUCAACCCACUCCCAGUUAUUUUCUGCCAGAGAUGUGCUAUAUUUUUGUAUAUAGGAUAUUUUCAACUGUGAAAACACAAGUGUCAUAGAAAGUAUGGCACAAGUCACAAAAUAUUAUACUAAUAUGUUGUACAUUCAAAAGAAUGUGAAUCAAUCCAUAUGGUAUAGACUGUAUUUUGCCUUAUGAAGCCCUUCAAUUGCAAGACUCUGAUUUUCCCCUUUUGGACAGUUGCAGUAAAAUUGAGUCUUUAUUUUCUAAUUUUUCAAUAUAUUGUUUAGUGUAAAGAAUAUUUAUUUGAAGUUUUAUUAUUUUAUAAAAAAAAUAUUUAUUUUAAGAGGCAUCUUACAAAUUUCACCCCUUUUAUGAGGAUGCCACCAUUGCUGCAAAUUAGGGGUGAAAAAUACAUAUAUUCCCUAUAAAAUAGAAAAUAUAUUAACGUUUGAAAUUAAACUGGGCUGCUUGUCAUUUUUUAUCCCAUUCCCCCCUUCUUUGAAUUGAACAAUUGCAUUUGUAAUUAAGGCUCUUCUGAGUGUU